UUCCCUGAUAUAAACCUUUCUGUAUGGCAGUUAACACGAGGUUGCCGAAAAUAUUAGGUAGUUGGCGUACCCGAUUAAGCAGACAUGCGCGAGAAGUUUACAAAUCAGCCUGUUUGACAUUUCGAAAUUGCAUCGAAAAACAGCGAUUCUCUGUGUCUGUUGGUAGUUUAUUGAUGGACUUCAUUGUGAUCAGUUCAACAUGAAACGCGAAGAAUCCGACAUCGCAAGAGAGUACCCUCUGCACUAUGUAGUCUGGAAGAAUAAUACUGUCGCCCUACGCUCAGCCCUCUUACCUGAAAAUGUUAACCUGCAACAUCUUGAACAACUCGAUCCCCGGGGCAGGACUCCUCUUAUGUUGGCUGUAACCCUUGAAAAUUUAGACUGUACAAUCUUAUUGUUGGAAAAUGGUGCCAAUGUCAAUGUUGAAAAUAAAGAGGGUUGGACAGUUGUCCAGGAAGCUGUUUCAACAGGUAAUCAUCAAAUCAUUAGUGCAGUUCUGCAAAAGAGAGAUCUCCAGCGGCACACAACAAGAAUGCUUGGUGUACCUGCCCUACUUCAAAAAUUGAAAGAGGCCCCUGAUUUCUAUAUGGAAAUGAAAUGGGAAUUCACUAGUUGGGUUCCUCUUGUAUCAAGAAUGUGUCCAAGUGAUACAUAUAAAGUGUAUAAGCAGGGCUCGAAUGUUCGUAUAGAUACGACCCUGCUCGGAUUUGAUCAGACAUCCUGGCAGAGAGGAAGUAAAAGCUACCUAUUCAAGUCUGAAGCCCCUCAACUUUUAUGGGGAAAGCGGAGUUAUAUUUACAAAUUACGAAAUGGUGUUGAUAAGGCUGUUCUAUUGGAAAUGGACCACGAAGCCAAGGAAGUCUUCGUAGAAGAACUGCGAACGCUUCAGGAGGAUCAAGUUACACGCCAUCUAAUGGCCCCCUCUAAUGAAGCAGUCAUGGCUAGAGUCACAUCACCCAUUGUUCAUACCUAUGUUGACACGGACAAAAUCUCCUUUGAGCGGAAUAAGAGCGGUCUUUGGGGUUGGCGGUCGGACAAAAUGGAAGUAGUGAACGGCCGUGAAUGUAAAGUAUUUAGUGCCAGUAAUGUCGAGCUAGUUACGAAAACUCGAACAGAACAUCUCACUCCUGAAGAUAAAACUAAAGUCGCCGGUUCGGGCUUUUUGCUCAAUUCACUUUUGGCUGUUGGUCAGCACAUUGAAGAGCCCACAUUACCCGACGGUUCAAAUUCCCACGAAGUCACGAUGGAAGAAUACUUUGACAGCAGCGUUGAUCUAGGGAAGCGGGACAUUGGCCGACCAAAAGAAAUGACCACCAAGACCCAGAAAUUCAAGGCUACGUUAUGGCUCUGCGAAGAGUUCCCGCUAAGUCUAGUGGAUCAGAUUAUGCCCAUUGUUGAUCUGAUGGCAAUUUCGAGCACGCAUUUUGCUAAGUUAAGGGACUUCAUCCAAAUGCAACUUCCUGCUGGCUUCCCAACAAAAAUUGAAAUCCCUCUGUUUCACGUCAUGAAUGCAUGCGUGACGUUCGGCAAUACUUUUGCGUUGGACGAGCCUGUCCAUGGCAUUUCCGUUAUCCAAGAAGAGGAUAGGCUUUCCUGCGUUGUGGAUGACAGCUGUUUUGUAACUCCCGGUGAAUAUACAUUGUACGGCAUGGGAGGAGCGUCAGUCAGCUCUUCGUCUCGCCGACAGUUCUCGAUGGAUGAAGAGGACGAGUUGUUGCAAUAUGCCAUUCAACAAAGUUUGUUAGAUGUUGGCUCCGAGGGUGACGAGGUUGACAUUUGGGAGGCAUUAAAGGCACAUAAACCCCCAACUACCCCUCAAGUAUCUAGAACUAAUAGGUCACCAUUGCCACCUCGACCAUCAUCCUCUCUAGGAUUUUGCAUGUCCGCCGAAGAAGAAGAAUUGCAAAGAGCUAUCGAAGCCAGUUUAGGAAUCCCAACGGAAUUAGGAUUCAACCCUGUGGAUGCUUCAUCAUCAGGAGGAACGACGGAAGCGCAGGACGAGGCAAGCCUGCUGGCAGAGGCGCUAAUAGUCUCAGCCCGAGAGACGGCCCUGGAAGAAGAACGGCGUUCCAAGGAGGACGAUGAACUGUUGCAGCGGAUACUUGAGCUAUCGUUGUUGGAGAAAUAGCGUUUAAUCCCCUCUUGUUAAACUUCCAUUUUUAUCUUUAUACGAAGUAUCGUCGCACGUGAAACAACUUUUCCUUUUUUUUUUUGUGUAUCUGUAUGAGCUGAUUGUUCCUUAUAACCUCCUAAAUUUCAGAAAAAAAUUACUAUUUCAAGGAUCUCAUUUCCUUGUUUAACUCGCAGUUUAUUGCGUGCAAAAGCAGCGUUUCUGGGAAAAAGAGAUGAUUAUCCUACGUUUAUUUGCUGGUCAUUGCCUAAGAAGAAAAUGUAUCACUCGAUCAGUGAAUAAACUUGAAAAAUUUGACCCA